GGGAAGUGCUGGGUUUUUCCUCCGGGCCACCUGUCGGCCAGGUACAGACCUGCCUCCGGCCCCUCCCUCACCUGUGACAGUCCCUGCUCAGCCUGAGACGGAAACAUAAACGCACCCGGGGCCAUGGAAGAGAGUCCAGCGUGGGAACCGGAGCCCUGGGGCUCCUCUGGGGGUUGGCCGGCGCCCCGGGAGGCCAGAACAGGCCCGGGCCCUCCCAGCCCUCUGCCUACUUCAGGCCCAUCGCUGUCCUCUGUGCUGAAUGAGCUCCCCAGUGCUGCCACCCUCCGGUUCCGAGGCCCUGGGGUGCUGCCCUGGGGGGCCCUGGAGGAGAAGGAGGACAGACAGAGGAGCAUUCAGGCCUUCGCAGAAUCCGCACCAAAGGAAAUGCAGGAGCCUUGCCCCUCCCGGGAGCUGCCCUGGCCCAUGCAGGCCAGACGGGCGCACCGGCAGAGGCAUGCCAGGGACCAGGUGGCUCAGGGCUCAGGGUCCAGAACGGCCCACUGGGCUCUGCUGCUUCGGAGGUCCAAGGAGAAGGUGCGGGAAGGCUUGCGCACCGUGCAGCCCUGGGCGUGGACGCUGAAGAGGAUCGGGGGCCAGUUUGGCGCCGGCACCGAGUCCUACUUCUCCCUGCUGCGCUUCCUGCUGCUUCUCAACGCGCUGGCCUCCGUGCUUACGAUCUGCAUGAUUCUGUUGCCCACCUGGUUGGAAGGGGCUCCCCCUGGUCCCCCUGCCCCUAACGCCUCCUCGCUCUGCGGCUUCUACAACCCCCGCCCCCAGGGCCUGGUCGCCUUCGCCACCCAGCUCUUCAACUUGCUCUCGGGAGAGGGUUUUCUAGAAUGGUCUCCUCUCUUCUAUGGGUUCUACCCGCCCCGCCCACACCUGGCCAUCACCUACCUGUGCUCCGCCUUUGCCAUUGGCCUCCUCUACCUGCUGCUCAUCCUGCACCGCUCGGUGUCUGGGCUGAAGCAGACCUUGUUGGCUGAGUCGGGGGCCCUGACCAGCUACAGCCACCGAGUGUUCUCCGCCUGGGACUUUGGCCUUAGCGGGGAGGUGCACGUGCGGCUGCGCCAGCGCAUCAUCCACUACGAACUGCAGGUGGAGCUGGAGGAAGCAGUGGUGCGGCGCCGGGCUGCGGUGCGGACCCUGGGCCAGGAAGCCACGGUGUGGUUGGUGCGACUGCUGCUCAACCUGCUGGUGUUCGCACUCCUGGGAGCAGCCUUCUACGGCGUCUACUGGGCGACAGGGGCCACUGUGGAGUUGCAGGAGAGGCCCCUUGUCCAGGAGAUGCCACUGCUGAAGCUCGUGGUGGAUUAUCUUCCGUCCAUCUUCAUCUCCAUGGUCAACUUCGUGCUGCCGCCGGUGUUCAGUCUCAUUGCCCCGCUGGAGGGCUACACCAGGAGCCGCCAGAUCGUUUUUAUCCUGCUCAGGACUGUCUUUCUCCGCCUGGCCUCCCUGGUGGUCCUGCUCCUCUCUCUCUGGAAUCAGAUUACUUGUGCCGGUGAUGCGGAUGCUGUGGCGUGCAAAACCUGUGGCUACAAUUACAAAGAACUUCCGUGCUGGGAGACUCGGCUGGGGCAGGAGAUGUACAAACUCUUGCUCUUUGAUCUGCUGACUGGCCUGGCAGUAAUUCUGCUCAUCCAGUUUCCACGAAAGCUGCUCUGUGGCCUCUGUCCCGGGGCGCUGGGUCGUUUCGCUAGGACCCAGGAGUUCCAGGUGCCGGACGAAGUGCUGGGGCUCAUCUACGCACAGACGGUGGUCUGGGUGGGCAGUUUUUUUUGCCCUUUACUGCCUUUGCUCAACACGGCCAAGUUCCUGCUGCUUUUCUAUUUGAAGAAGCUCACCCUCUUCUCCACCUGCUCCCCGGCCUCCCGAACGUUCCGGGCCUCCACAGUAAAUUUCUUUUUCCCCCUGGUCCUUCUCCUGGGUCUGGCCAUCUCCGCCGUUCCUGUGCUAUAUAGCAUCUUCCUGAUCCCACCUUCUAAGCUGUGUGGUCCGUUCCGGGGGCAGUCGUCCAUCUGGGCCGAGAUCCCCAAUUCCAUUUGCACCCUCCCUCAGACUGUCCAGAACUUUCUCUUCUUCCUGGGGACCCAGGCUUUUGCUGUGCCCCUUCUGCUUAUCUCCAGCAUCCUUAUGGCAUAUACGGUGGCCCUGGCUAACUCAUAUGGACGCCUCAUCUCUGAGCUGAAACAUCAGAUAGAGACGGAGGCGCAGAAUAAAGUCUUCUUGGCACAACGCGCUGUGGCGCUGAGCUCCGCCAACGGAACUCUUUGACCUCCCUAGUCUGGCUCAGGGUGAAGGCCCACUUUCAGAUCCAGACCUGCCCACAGACCCUUUGUAAGCCUCGGCCACGUCAUUUGGAAAAUGAGGGAAGUGGAUAAGGCCCCAUGCCUUUCUGGCCCUGGGAUUCACUGCCAAGUCCCUGACUCUACAGUGAACCUCUUUCUCGUAUCAAUAAACACUGCGGAGACUGCUGA